UUGCCAUCAGUCAGAUUAAUUCGCGAUUAAAGAUUCGACAUUGUAGUUUUGGGACACGAGUAAAAGAAGAAUGCAAACUCAGAAGACGAUUUCCAGCUUUUUCAGUCCUUCUAGCACUGGAAUCAAAAGAAGGGCAGAAGAUGAGGAUGCAGGCACAGACGAAAAUGCGAAUUCGCCGCCUCUUAACCCGAAGCGGCUGGCUGUAAAUCUCUCACCAGAGCAAAGAGCUCGCAUCGAAGCUAAUCGAAAGGAGGCACAGAAGAAACUGCUCGCGAAUAAGAGUCCACAGUUCUUCGGACCUUCGUGGAAGAAAGCUUUGGCAGCGGAAUUUACCAAGGAAUAUUUCCAGAAACUUAUGAAUUUUGUUAAAGAAGAGAGAUCACGCAAGACGGUCUAUCCUCCAGAAAAGGAUGUGUUUAGUUGGACUCUUCAGUGUGACAUCCAUGAGGUUAAGGUUGUGAUUAUUGGUCAGGACCCUUAUCAUGGACCAAGGCAGGCACAUGGACUUUGCUUCAGUGUUCCUCCUGGAGUUGGUAUACCACCAAGUCUGGUAAAUAUAUACAAAGAGUUGCAAAAUGAUAUUGAGGGCUUUGAACCACCUAAACAUGGAUAUCUAUUGGGUUGGGCAAAACAAGGUGUACUGCUCCUAAAUGCUUGUUUGACAGUUGUUGCUUCACAGGCAAACUCUCAUAAAGAUAAGGGAUGGGAGAAAUUUACUGAUGCUGUAAUAAGGUGGAUUAAUACAAAUCUUCAUGGUGUUGUUUUCCUACUUUGGGGCUCAUAUGCUCAGAAGAAAGGCAGCUUCAUUGACAAGAAGAAGCAUCAUGUGUUGAAAGCUGUUCACCCUUCACCUUUGUCAGCCCACCGUGGAUUCUUGGGUUGUAAACACUUCUCUCAAGCCAAUGCAUAUUUGAAGAAAUCUGGGAAGAGACCUGUGAAUUGGUGCAAUCUUCCUAGUGAUGAAAAUGAGGCUGUGAACUGAACUUUGACUGAAAUCUGGCAUUAUAGUCCAAACUUUAUUAUAAACUUUUACUCUAGUUAGCUAAGGGUGGCAUGUUCGUUUUGUCAUAACUUGAUAGUUUAAUUCAAAAUUACAUGUGUUGGGGCUACUAUGCAAAUGUUUUGAUGUUGAAUAUUCAUGGUUUUACAAGUUUUUCUUUUGUCAUUUUCUGUUGUGUUAGACAUGGAAUGUCAUCCAUAGUUUGGUCAUGUAGGCUGACAUUCUGAACUUAUUGGAAAAUAGGUGAAAGUUUUCAAAGUGGUAUUGAUGUUAAAUAUUCAUGGUUUUACAAGUUUUUCAUUUUUCAUUUUCUGUUGUGUUAGACAUGGAAUGUCAUCCAUAGUUUGGUCGUGUAGGCUGACAUUCUGAACUUAUUGGAAAAUAGGUGAAAGCUUUCAAAGUGGUAUUAGAAAAAAGUAUUUCUUGAGAGUUUUCUCAGUUAGAUCCUGAUUAAAGAAUUGAGCUUUGGGCAGUCAUGAUAUUAAACCUUAAAUCAAUAAUUGAUUAACUGAUAUACUGAGCAAUCAACGUACUUUGAUAUAGAUAUACUGGUGUCCUAUCAUAAAUGCUGCAAUCUGAUUGGCUAAGCUGUUUUUGCAACCAUUCAGUGUUAGAUAGAGGAUUAAGUGAGUGGCCUGACAAUGUGGUUGCAAAAACAAAUUAAACUGGAAAUAUAAGCCAUUCUCACUGAUAAGUUUUAAAUGAGUAAUCAAUUUACAUUUAAAAUAAUAGAGAUUUAAAAUUUAUAUUGAAAAUAAUCCACUUUAUAGUAUAAAUCUACUAGGUUUUGAAAACUUAACAAGACAGGUUCAUAUUUUUGUUUUUUUUUAACCGCACACUGUUAGAAUUCUUACUUACUCACUGUCUAUUAUGAAAUAGAUAGUGCUUGGCGUUGUGAAUCAGAUUGCAGCAUUUGAGAUAGAACACUACUAGAUUUAUGCGAUAGAAAUUUCUAGCUCGUAAUCUAAUGGUUAGUUUACGGAGCGGAUCUAAACUUCAAAGGCAAAAUUGUUUUAUUUCAUUGUACUUGACAUACCACACUGAUACAUUACAAGUACAUGUCCCUCUUAAGUAUGGAAAUAUGUAAAAAAAAAAAAAGAUCAAAAUGACCUGCACUGUAAAUAAAGGUUAACGAUGUUUUGUUUUCA